AAAGUGUUAAUCACAUUGGUAAAAAAAAGGUGGCGAUACCCUGCGUUUCUUCCACGCCAACUGCGGGGCCCACCACCCCCAAUCUCCCACACAAAUAAAUCAAAACCCUAAAAUCAUUUAAUUUUCCCCUCUUCCAUACGAUUGGCUCUCUUUAUUAUCCAAAUUCAACACCUUACUUUUGCUUCGCUUUCACAUCUCAUCAUCUUUCAGGGUUUGUGUAGGCGAUUUGUUGGUUCGGUGCUGUGUUGUCAAGAUCUAGGGCUUGUAGGUUGUUCUGGUGAUGGCGUCGAAGCGUAUUUUGAAGGAGCUGAAGGAUUUGCAGAAGGAUCCUCCUACGUCAUGCAGCGCUGGUCCUGUUGCUGAAGACAUGUUCCAUUGGCAAGCAACCAUCAUGGGGCCCUCUGAUAGCCCAUAUUCCGGAGGCGUGUUUCUUGUUUCCAUUCAUUUUCCUCCUGACUAUCCUUUCAAGCCUCCCAAGGUAGCUUUUAGGACUAAAGUCUUCCACCCGAACAUCAACAGCAACGGUAGCAUUUGCUUAGAUAUCCUGAAGGAGCAAUGGAGCCCAGCUUUAACAAUUUCCAAGGUGUUGCUUUCCAUCUGCUCCCUGUUAACUGACCCAAACCCUGAUGAUCCAUUGGUGCCCGAAAUCGCUCACAUGUACAAGACCGACAAGUCCAAAUACGAAGCCACUGCUCGUAGCUGGACACAGAAAUAUGCCAUGGGAUGAUUACCGAAACUCAUCCAGGGCAUGUUUCAACGAUUGCGGGUGGUGUUUAAUGUGCAUGCUGUGGGUGAUGGAAUUAUAACAAUAAAAGUAUUAGUAAGAAGUUUGUUUUUAUUAUUCUUCAUGUGUUUGUUAAGAAGCUUGGCAAGACGUUCUGUCUUAAUUUGUGUAUAUUUGAAUCGGAAAGAAAAUGGGUAAUCGUACUGUAAUGGUCAGUUUACUUAUGAAUGGGUUGAUUUGUUUGGUCGUC